AUCAUCUCUCACAGAGGAACAUCUGAUCAUCAUGAAGGCUGUUAACAUCCUCCUGCUCUGCAUCCUGGGAGCAGCUCUGCUGUCCACUGUCCUCUGCCAAUAUGCAAGUGGUCCCAAAGUAUGCUGCUUUAAAUUCUUCAGAAACCCAGUGAACAAAAAUCUCAUCUCUUCAUAUUUCAUGACUGAUUCCCGCUGCGUCCAUCGUGGUGUUAUCUUCAUAACACAAAAGGCACGCCGCAUCUGUGCGGAUCCAAACCAGAUGUGGGUGAAGAAUCUUACUGACUUUCUGGACAUAGAGUCUUUUUAAAGGAGCUGCCAUCUGUCCUGAUAAUCCAGUAAAACACAUUCUGCAAAGCGAUCAUGUUUUCAGUAUCAGAAUUAUUCUGUUUCAAAUAAUCAAAGAUUUUGCCUUUAAAUGUAAUCAUUGUUGAUGUCUUUAUCAUUUCUUUUGGAAGUUUUGUACAUUAACCAUCUACAUCAGUGACUGGAACCGUUCGGAUUUCUGUUGAUUUUAUGUUUUCUUUUCUUAUUGUUUUGUUUUCAUAAUUUUCUCUAAUCAAAUACAAAAUCAUCAAAAAAUCUUUCCUUUGGUUGCUGUAUGUUUUC